UUGACACAUUCACUUAAACCGCAAAUAAAAAAAAAACAAUUUUUUAUCGUUUUCAAUUUUCCAAUACGUACUCUAUUUUCGAGCAAAAACAACGAUGAAAUUUCCGACUGUACCUCACUGCUGUUGUUGCGUUGAUUUAAGAAUUGGUGGAUUAAUAAUCGGUUGGUUGAAUAUAAUUAGUGCUUGUAUAUGCCUAAUUGGUGGCAUAGUAAAAGGACAAGGAGGAUAUGCAGCUGUAUUUGUCAUUCCGUUGAUUAUCUACACAUGCUGGCUUUAUGGAAUUUAUAAGAAUAAAGCUGGCUUUUUGCUUAUAUCCGUGAUUACAACUGGAAUUGGGCUCAUUUUGUCCGUUUUUGGAAUUAUCUUUUUAAUGGUUGUCUUAGCUAGCCCUCGGCCAGAGAUAAAAACAGGCGAUCUCGUACCUUUUAUUAUUGCUUAUUGCAUUAUCACAGCUCUUCAUACGUACUUUUGGGUCGUAAUGUAUUCCAUCUAUAAGAGAAUCAAAGAGGACGCUCAAAAUUGCAAUACACAGCCAGUUUGAACAUAAUAUAUCUAAUAUUUGCAAUAUUACAGUGUAUUUGAAUCAAUUUCGUACAAAUGUAUAAAAUUAUAAUCAAAUCUUGUGAAAGUUUCAUUAAAGUGUGAAUUGAAUGGAUUAGAAUUGUAGC